AUGGUGAAACACAAGGUUGCACAGGUUACGGACUCGAAAAUCAUUCCUUUUACUAGCAGUACACAGGGAAGAACGUUACAAAAAGUUGAGUGUACAAUAAAAGCUUUACCUUGCGUGUUGAUGACAUCACAUUUGGAAAGUAUGAAAACCCAUAGCGAUGAAAGGAAACAUCAGAUGAAAAGAGCUCUACACCAUGUGGUAAAUGCUAGUCGAGACAGGACUGUUCUUUUUGGCGGAGACUUUAACAUUAAAGACAGAGAAAUACGUGAAAUGAAGGGACUUCCUAAAGGUGUCCUGGACCUUUGGAUAGAAACUGGAAGGAACAAAGACACACAGUUUACGUGGGACACAUCUAUCAACACAAAUCUGAAAUUUGCUGAAAAUCAAGACUUCAAACCUAAAAUUAGAUUCGAUCGCAUUUAUAUGAGACAUCCAAAAACAGAACCCGUUAUAUCUCCAGUGUCGUUUCAGUUGAUUGGUCAAGAAAAAAUUCCCACUUGUGAUUGUUUCCCUAGUGAUCACUGGGGUAUUCUUGUACAUUUUGACAUAAACAAAAGUAAUACAAAAUAG